AUGAACAGUUACCAAUCCGUAAUAGAUUUUGGUGAACGCGUUCACACGCAACUUCCUCGUCUUGAUGCCUUGAUCGCAAAUGCCGGUACGGAACUGCAGGAGUUCAGGACGGCGGAAGAUCUCGAGAUACACUUGAACGUCAACGUUGGGUCAACCUUCCUUGGCGCCAUCGCCGUCCUUCCCAAGCUCCAAGAAACAGCUAUGGUCUAUGAUGUGCAGACAUCGUUGGCAUUCUGUGGCAGCAUGUAUCAUGUCUUCGGUCCAGAUGAUGAGUUCGAUGCGGGCUUGCCUGAGGACAUGGAUAUGUUUGAAGCGCUCAGUGACUCUGCGAGGACAGACGUCAUAUGGCGAUAUGCUUUGAGCAAGCUCAUGGACCACCUAUACUUCCAUGAGCUCGUCGAGGUACUUUCAGAUAGUGCGACAGACUACUCCGGCAUCGUGGUUAACCUCAUCAAUCCUGAAUGA